ACCAGUACAUCUUUCAGACCACUGGUAAAGGUCAUAAAUCAUUGUUAAUAUCACAAGGUGAUCGUAAGAUUUUUGUCAACCUCUUCUCCUUCUGUUUAUAAUAGUGGUUCAUAAUGUCUUUUGACAAACUGAGUAUUCGCUCAGUGGAUUGCAGGGGAAAGCGUGUUUUGAUGAGAGUGGACUUUAACGUACCCUUAAAAGGAAAGGAGAUCACGAAUAACCAACGUAUUGUGGCUGCUCUGCCCUCCAUCAAACAUUGCUUGGAUCAUGAGGCUAAGAGUGUGGUACUGAUGAGUCACCUGGGACGCCCUGAUGGUAGAAUAGAAGGAAAGUACUCCUUAGCCCCUGUUGCUGAUGAACUGAAGAAACUGUUAAACAAAGAUGUGAUGUUUCUGUCAGACUGUGUGGGGCCAACAGUGGAAAAAGCUUGCAAAAACCCUAGUCCUGGUUCAGUGAUUUUGUUGGAAAACUUACGUUUUCAUGUGGAGGAAGAGGGCAAAGGUGUCAGUAGUGAAGGAAAGAAGGUUAAAGCAAGCCCAGAGUCAGUAAAAGAAUUUCGUGAAUCCUUAGCAAAACUUGGAGACAUUUACAUUAAUGAUGCUUUUGGCACAGCUCACAGAGCUCACAGUUCCAUGGUGGGGGUUGAUCACACUGUGAAGGCUGCAGGAUUUCUGAUGGAAAAAGAGUUAUUCUACUUCUCUAAAGCUUUGAAAAAACCUGAUAGACCAUUCCUGGCCAUAUUAGGAGGAGCCAAGGUUGCUGACAAGAUUCAGCUCAUUGAAAACUUACUGGAAAUAGUAAAUGAGAUGAUCAUUGGAGGUGGAAUGGCAUACACAUUCACUAAAGUACUUAGUAACAUGGAGAUUGGCAAGUCACUUUUUGAUGAAGAAGGUUCAAAAAUAGUUAGUGACCUCUAUAAAAAGGCCAAAGAAAAAGGAGUGACCCUCCAUUUGCCUGUUGAUUUUGUUACAGCCAGCAAAUUUGCGGAGGAUGCAGAGAUUGGGAGUGCCACCUUAGCAUCAGGAAUCCCAGCAGAUUGGAUGGGAUUAGACAUUGGUCCAGAAAGUGUCAAGACAUUCGUUAAGGUUAUAGAAGGAGCAAAAACUAUUGUGUGGAAUGGUCCAAUGGGUGUAUUUGAGAUGGCCAAAUUUGAGGCAGGAACGAAAAGUCUCAUGAAUGCAGUCGUUGAAGCAACAAAGGCUGGAAACACAACCAUAAUAGGUGGAGGGGAUACAGCCACUUGCUGUGCCAAAUAUGGUACUGAGGAUCUUGUCAGUCAUGUCAGCACUGGGGGAGGUGCUUCACUUGAACUCCUAGAAG